UCUUUGAGGCUUAUUCCUGCUUCCCCCUCUCUGAGCACUGCCUCUCACCCUGGGUUCCUCUACCUGCCUCAGUCCCAUAUCACUUCCACAUGGUCUCUCCUUCACUCAGGCUUUUCAUACUUUUGCCUGGACUUUAUAUUUCUCCCCCAUUCUGCUGCUAUCACUCCCUCCCUGGCACCCUAGACUCUGUAGGCUGGUUCCUCCAAGUCACCUCUGCCUUGGUCUCCCCCUGCAGGUCCUCCUUCCACCCUUCUGCACUCUGCCUGAGGCUGAUGUUGCCUCCCAGUCUCAGUCCCAGUCCUAGCUGUGUUUCUGCCCUGAUUCUUUAUCAGAUUCUCUCUUUUCUUGCUCAGUUUCAGGUGUGGUUGCUGGCCUUUGCCCCCACCCUCUUCCAUGGGGCUCUUCUGGACAUGCCAGAGCUCCAAUUCGACCUAUUUCCUCCUCUCCUUCCUGUUGUGAAGGUUCAGGUGUUGUCUUCUGGCUCCCAGUCUCUGCCAGGACCUCCCUGGUUGUGAAGCAAGAGGUCUUGGGCUGAGUUGGAAUACCAGCCAUGUUCUUCCCCAUGUAGCCUCUUCACCUGGACUUACUCACCUAUAAAAUGUGGGAAAUAAUAUAGGAGCUUCAGGAUAUAAUGCAUGGUAAUGUAGUGAGAAUUAGCACUGUGGUAAGGAAUACAACAAACUCAGAGACUAAAGAGAUGGUGACCUGAGCCAAAAUCAAGUCAGAUGAUUAACUAACUGAGCCACCCAGGUGCCCCUCAAACCAUUGUAAACACCUAGGAAAUUGACCUGAGAAUUAAUGCAAAAUCUGCAUAAUUUGAGCCAGAGAACACGACAGCUUUGUGGUGUGGAGAGGUGAAUUGUGGGAGAGAAAAGCCACAGAGCUGCCAAGUGUAGGAAGCCAUUUUCACAGAGGACAGAGAAAGAAAGAGAAGGGGGGAAAGUGACGUGCAUUGGGAUCAUGCAAGCAAAGCACUAUCCCUGAAAGAGGCUAGACAGAAAGAGUGAAAACACUUGCAGGGAACUGGAAGUUCCCAAAACCAUUGUUCCCCAAAACCAUUGUUAGGGAGAAUGGAAAGUGUUUCAUUACUGCCAGCAUUCUAUAAACAGUGGAGCACAGAGUCUGAAGUUUCAGAGCUCAGUGUCUGGCUAUGCUCUGGUGAGGAAGGAAAGCGAAUCCUCAGGAGCAGGCAGCUUGGUAUGAGUGGUCUGUGUGCCACAUGGGGAGAAGUGGUUCCCCUGCUUGGACUGCAUUUGGUAGAGGCCAUACAGCUUCCCUGUGGACAAAAGUCACAGAAGAUCCCAGAGAGCUGCCACGUUUACUGCUAUAGUGAAAAGAUACCAGCUGAGUGCAGCAAAGCCUGGCACCAGGUGUGUGUUGUGAAUUACCAUAAACUCUGAGCCUUUGCCACUGCACAAUUGGGUGAAUGUUUUCUGGGACAAGCUGGUACCAGGACAUUGCUCAGCAAGAUACACAAUGGAAUAUUACUCAGCGAUCAAAAACAAUGAAAGCUUGCCUUUUGCAACAACGUGUAUGGAAGUAGAAUGUAUUAUGCUAAGGGAAAUAAGUCAGGCAGAGAAAGACAAAUAAGGGGAAUGAGAUGGCACCUUCUUUUGGUCACCAUUCAGGGUCUUGGCAGCCCUAGUUUUGAUUACUUAGAGCAGGAAGCUCUCUAGACAGGGAAAAAAAAAAAAUAUAUAUAUAUAUAUAUAUAUAUAUAUAUAUAUAUAUAUAUAUAUAUUUCUCCAGCACAAUGCUCAAUGUAUAUUCAGUUAAAAUAUGCUACAAACUCUGAAUGACUAUCUCAGAAAGUCCUUUAUGGUGAAGCCUAAGCCAGAUCUCUUUUAAUUUUAUUCCUGGAGUGAUGGGAAACAUGGGUGAGAGGGCGGGGAUGGAUGGUGAUGAUAGAGGAACCUAGUAGGAGAUUCUGGAACAGGCAGCUUUAGGGGGUGCUUCCAUCCUUUUUAAAGAGCUGCUUAGAGGACUCUAGCUGGAUCUGGGAGUGGCCUCCAAAUGACAUAGGCUGGACUCCACAUGGCUUUCCUCACUCUCCUCCUGCCAACCAGGACCUCCUCCAAACCCAGGACCCUGGGAAGUUUGUUUCCUUUUAAAUUCCAUCUUGCCUCCAAAAAGUCUCCAACAAAGUUCCACUUAAGCUCUUAGUCCACCAAGUCACUCAUGUAGGGUCCCACUAGUCUUCCAUCACCCUCCUCCAGCUUUCCUCUAGAUUUUGCCUAAUCUACUUCCUUCACUCUACCAUUCCCUUGUGACCGCCUCCUGAGGGCCCUGCCUCCUGAGGACCCCGCCUCUCAAGGGCCCUGCCUCUCUAAGGCCCUGCCUCUCAUGGGCUCCACCUCCAGAAGGCCCUGCCUUGGGAUGGCCCCAACUCCCUGUGGGCCCAGCUAAGCUCCACUCCUGGUCCUGACUCUGCUUGGGUAAACUUCCCUUUCCCUGGGUUUUACUUACCCUUUCUUUCAGGUCUUCCUCCUCUGGGGUAGGAAAAGCACCUGGCAUUAUGGAAGAAUAGCACAUAUAAGAUGAAAUAUGAAGCAUCAGCUUUCAAGCCUGAGCAAUAGAACUCAGCAGUGACAACCCAACUUGGCUUAACUGAGACUCAGUGAAUCCAGCUCCAGACUCUCGGCUCUCCACACUUCCUGCAGCUCUCUGAUCCUAGAAUCUUCAACUCCAGCUACAAUGCUGGGUCAGGCACUUUUCAGAUUUGGUCAAAAGCUGCUACGCAGACGUCAGCUGGAACAUUUGGUGACUGAAGAUGUCCCAUGCAGAAGACUGAACACUCUGGAUUUAGUGGCCCUGGGUGUGUGCUCUACAGUGGGUGCAGUUAUAUAUGUCAUAGCUGGUGAAGUGGCUAGAGAUAAAGCCGGACCAUCCAUUGUGAUCUGCUUUUUGGUGGCCGGCCUAACUUCUGUGCUGACGGGGCUGUGCUAUGCAGAGUUUGGUGCCCGUGUUCCCCAUUCUGGCUCUGCAUAUCUCUACAGCUAUGUCACUAUAGGUGAACUCUGGGCUUUCAUCACUGGCUGGAACCUCAUCUUUUCCUAUGUUGCUGGUACAGCCAUUGUGGUCUUUGCCUGGAGCUUAGCUUUUGACAACCUGUUUGGGAACCAGAUCUCUCAGACCCUGCAUGAAAACAUCUUACUGCAUGUUCCCCAGGUCCUUGCAGAAAUUCUAGGCUUCUGUGUUGUGGCCCUUGUGCUGUUGCUCAUCGGAUUGCUGACUCUGAGGGCUAGAGAGUCAGGACUGUUUACCAAAGUAGUCACAUUGGUGAGCCUUUUAGUUCUCAGUUUUGUCAUCAUCUCUGGUUUCAUUAAGGGGGACCUGCACAACUGGAAGCUCACAGAAGAGGACUACGUAAAGGCUGGACUCAAUGACACCUCAAGCUUGGGGCCUCUGGGCACUGGAGGAUUUGUGCCUUUUGGCCUCAAUGGGAUUCUCCAUGGAGCAGCUACCUGUCUGUAUGCAUUUAUAGGUUUUGACAACAUUGUUACCAGAGUUGAAGAAGCCCAGAACCCCCAGCGUUCCAUCCCUAUGGGCAUUGUGAUUUCACUGUUCAUCAGCACUUUGAUGUAUUUUGGUGUCUCUUCAGCACUUACACUUAUGGUUCCUUACUACCAGCUUCAACCUGGGACCCCCUUGCCUGAGGUAUUUCACCAUAUUGGCUGGGCCCCUGCCUACUAUGUUGUAGCUUUUGGAUUUUUCUGUAGUCUUUCUGCCAGCCUCUUGGGCUAUAUGUUCCCCAUACGUCAGCUGAUAUACACGAUGGCAAAGGAUGGCCUCCUGUUCUCUGUCCUUGCCAGGAUCCAAGCUGGCACAUACAUCCCCAUAAUGGCCACUGUGAUCUUUGGCAUUAUCGCAGCAAUCAUGGCAUUCUUCUUUGGACUCACUGAUCUUCUGGACUUCAUGUCAAUUGGGACACGGCUAGCUUACUCCCUGGUGGCUUUUUGUGUUCUCAUCCUCAGGUAUCAGCCUGAGGUGAAGAAAGGGGGAAAUGAAGCAGACGUGCAGGAUGAGAGUGGACCUGCAGAAGAGAAGCUGACUCUACAGGGACUACUUUUUCCAGGCAGCUCCACCCCCACUCCACUCUCUGGCCGGGUUGUCUAUGUUUGCUCCUCACUGCUUGCUCUGCUGCUUACUCUUCUUUGCCUGGUGCUGGCCCAGUGGCCAGUUCUGCAUUCUGGAACUGCAGUGUGGAUUUCAUUGGUUGUGGUGCUCCUGGUGCUCAUCACUGGGAUCACUGGGGUCAUCUGGAGACAGCCGCAGAGCUCCAGUCCCCUUCCCUUUAAGGUCCCUGCUCUGCCUCUCCUCCCACUACUGAGUGUCUUUGUGAAUGUUUACCUUAUGAUGCGGAUGACAGCUGGCACCUGGGCCCCAAUUGGUUUCUGGAUGCUGAUUGGGCUUGCUAUCUACUUUAGCUAUGGGAUCCAAUACAGCCUGGUUGCUGAAUCCCACUUAAGUUAGCGCUAAACUGUAGAACUUGUACUCAGGAAUGCAGUACAUAUUUGUUUUGACAUCAUCACACCUGAAUGCAGUCCAGUCCCCUGCACAAUAAUGGUGAAUACUUUUGGGCACAUGGAAAGCUAGGCCUCCCAUGGCAUGUUGUUUGGGGGAACAUGAAUAGAGUCGUGUAUUUAUUGUGUAGCAAAGAAUAUGUCUUUACAUUUCCUUCCUUUUUUUUUUUUUUUUUUUUUUACUUGUUUCAUUAUCAGUUGCAUCCAUAAUUGCUUACCGGCUUUAGAAAAUAUUAUUAAAAUAAACUAGAAAAGGUGUUUUUGUUUUCCUUGGAUAAAUAUCCAGUUGUUGAAAUAGUGUAUUUAUGGUAGUUCUAUUUUACUUUUUUGAGGAACUUCAAUACUCUUUUCCACAGUGGCUGCACCAAUUUACAUUCCCAAUAACAGUGUACAAGUGUUCCUUUUUCUCCACUUCCUCUCCAACACUUUUUAUUUGUGUUUUGAUUUUAGCCAUUCUGACAGGUAUAAAGUGAUAUUUCAUUGUAGUUUUAAUUUACAUUUCCCUGAUAAUUAGUGAUGCUGAGCAUAUUUUCAUAUGUCUGUUGGCCAUCUGUUUGUCUUCUUUCCAAAAAUUUCUAUUUAAUUCUUCUGCCCAGUUUAAAAUUGGCUUGUGUGUGUGUGUGUGUGUGUGUGUGUGUCUGUGUGUGCAUGUAUGUAUAUGUACAAAUACAAACAACGGGAUACUACUUAGCCAUAAAAAAACAUGAAAUCUUGCCAUUUGUAACAACAUGAAUGGACAUACAGUAUAUAAGUGUAAGUGAAAUGUUAGUCUGAGAAAGACAUAUGAUUUAACUUUCAUAUGGAAUUUAAGAUAUAAAACAAACAGACAAAAAAGAGAGACAAGCAAAUAAAAAAAAUCUAAGACUCUUAAACACAAUGAACAAACUGGUGGUUGCCAAAGUGGAGGUGGGUAGGAAAAUGGGUGAAAUAUAUAAAGGGAAUUAAGAGUGCAUUUAUCUUGAUGCUCCUGAGAAAUGUGUGAAAGUGUUGGAUCAUUAUAUAGUACACCUAGAGUAAUAUAAUGACAACGUAUCUUAACUAUUCUUCAAUAAGAAAGAGAAAAAGAUGAAAUAAAAAGAUGAAAUAUGAACUGUGCCCUUAAGGAGCUUAUAUUCUAGUACAGGAGGGAAAGCAUAGCUGUAACACAAAAGAGUGUGGUAUCAUAAGUAAUAUACAAAUAAAGUGCCUUGGGAAUUCAGAGUGGAGGUUGAUCUUUUGUGGCUGGCACAGUGGUGAGGUUUGAUUGGUGAAAUCAGAAGACUUUGUAGAGGAAUGGCAUUUAAAUUGGCUCUCUCCAAGAAAAGAUAGGAUUUUGCUACAUGUGGGCAGCAGGGAGAGAUUGUAGACACAGAGAACAACACUAGGAAAAGCCCAGAAAAAUGAAGCAGUAUUCAGAACACACUGAAUAGGCUGUUAGCUUGAGCCUUGCUGUGAAGGGGGCGGGGGGGUGGCAACAGAACACACACAGGUGGAUUGGAGCCAGAGCUUUCCUCUGAGAAGAAAGGAUUUUGGCUGUGAACCCACUACAUAUGCUGAAAAUCCAUGGUGUUGGUUCAUCUACUUGGCAAUAUCUGUAUUCUUGGACUUUAAAUUUCUGUACUAUUGUCUGCUUUGGUCCACCUGCUCAGAAAGUGCAGAGCUGAGGCCCAAGUAUCCUGGGUUCUGGUCUUGUUUGUACCACUAGCCUAGCAUGUGACCUUGAGCAAGCUGCUCAGUGCCCUCAAUACUCUGCUUAUUUAUCUGUAAUAUGAGAGGUCAAUUUUUUUUUUUACUUAAAAAAAUCUAGGAUUUCCUCUGGUUAUUCUGUCCUGUUAUUCUCUCAGCCAGGUCUCUCUACUGAAUGCAAUCUGAACCUACAUCCUGCCCACUUUUCACUACAGCCCAUUGUUGAAGCUACAAAUGUCCAAUAAAUAACACCCCAUUUCCCUCUCCUAUGUUUGGAACCAAUUGAUAAUCAAGACAGAGACAGAUGAUCAAACCAUCAGCUUUAGAUCUGCAGCCUAAUUGGCUUGCCAAUCACACAUCACUAAAUUAGAUAGACUUAUUCCUCAUCACAAAUUGUGCUGAGCACCCCCUGCCUCCCAUCACAGGAGAGAGCCUGAUUUUUCUUAAAUUUUCUCCUGUAUGAGCAAGUUGGAAUACAUGUGUCCUGUGAGCAGAUUGGUUCUGGAUUAAAAAAGGAGUCCUCCAAAAACGUGGAAGACCUUGAAGCGAGCAUGUCUCUUUGACUCACUAAUUAAAGUCACAGUAAAGAGUGGGUGUAGGAAGGACUGGAUUAGUACUGGAUUAGUACUAAUUAGGACUGGAUUAGUACUGGAUUAGUACUCUGCUCAGUGGUGCUCAAACUUUAUUGGGUGCCACCUCCCUUGGAGGACUUGUGGAAACACAGAUUGCUGAGCCCUGCCCCCAUCAUUUGGAAUUCAGUAACUCUGGGUGGGGUCCAGAGCUUGUCCUUCAAUCAAGUUCCCAGGUAAGGCUGAGGAUGCUGGUCCAGGGACCCCACUUUAAAAGCCAAAGCUCCAGUUUGAAGGCCCUCCACAGGUAAAAAUUAAAGGAAGGAAAUGAAAGGGCCCUUGUAACACUUGCCUGCUUCUUUCUUUCUUUCUUUCUUUCUUUCUUUCUUUCUUUCUUUCUUUCUUUUUUUCUUUUUAAUGUUUAUUUUUGAGAGAGAGAAAGACACAGAGCAUGAGCGGGGAAAGGGGCAGAGAGACAGGGAGACAAAGAAUCCAAAGCAGGCUCCAGGCUCUGUGCCCAACUUGGGGCUUGAACUCACAAACCACAAGAUUAUGACCUGAGUCAAAUUCGGAUGCUUAACCUAUUGAACCACCCAGGCACCCUAUCACUUGCCUUCUUUAAAUGAAAGAUUUAGAUUAAAAUAUCAUGGUUAAUCCUUUCACAGUGGGGAAAUCAGUGAAUCAUUUAACAAUCUAUAUGUAUAUCGAAUCACCACAAUGUAUACUUUAAAUAUCUUUCAAUU